GAGACCAGUCCCAUAAUAGUCCCAUGAGCAUUGGGCUAUAGCGUCACUCCUGCGUUAGACUGCGUUGUAUUGUCAAAUCAGAGACGGGAGGAGACACAUGAUAAAGAGAGAGCAAAGGGACUUCUGUGUGCCAGUUUCUCCCAAGCAUGAGUGUCUGAUGGUGGGUUCAAGCAAUGGAUUUGUAUUUUAAUGACAUUGUUAAACAGGGAUAUGUGUAUUUUCGCAGCAAGCAUUUAUGGAUCUAUCGGAGGUUCUGGCUUGUUCUAAGAAGAGACUCCAGUAAAGGACCCAAGAGAUUGGAGAGGUUCUCAAGUGAACAGGCGGCUAACUGCCAAUGUCACCACAAAGUGACAGACCUCACAAAAAUAAGAAAUGUUACCAGACCCCCACGGGAUAAAAAGAAACACGCUGUGGUUCUGACGUUCAAUGAUGACUCACCAAAGGCGUUUGCAUGUGAUUCAGAGUUGGACGCCAAAGAAUGGUGCAAUGUGCUACAAAUGGAAUGUCUGGAGACUAAAAUGACUGACCUGCCCUUGGAGGAGCCAGUCCUAUUUAACACGAGCCUACAUCGAGAUCACAGAGAGCAGUUCCACGUGUUCAUGAAGCCAUCACAGUGUAUAGAUUUCAGUGGGGAAUGUAAUCUACAGAUCACUUGUGACACUCUCUUGCUGUGGGACAUCCAGAACCCUGGUCUCAAAAUCACAUCCUGGCCACUGCGGUCACUUCGGCGUUACGGUCGGGGUCAAAACUGGUUCACAUUUGAAGCUGGGAGGAUGUGUGACACUGGAGAGGGACUCUUCACCUUUCAGACACCAGAGGGAGAACGGCUCUAUCAUAGAGUGAAUGAGGCGGUGUUAGCCACUGUGGAGCAAGAGGACUGGCUAUGCUGUGAUAAGAGGAAGACAGGCACGGAGAGGAGAACCAGAGAGUCUACAAUACCUUGGUCUCUGUGCUGAUACUGCUGAUUCUGACGGUCCAGUCAGAAUCCUUGAUCCCAUUUGAAAUCAGAUUAAAUAUAUUCAUUGUAUAUCA